ACGGACGUACGAAGUUCUAUUAAUUAACUGAAAACGAUUGAAAGAGCAAAAACAAAAGACCCACUCGAACCAUGUCACGGACCAAGCUACACCGGUCAACGAUUGGAUGGCUGCUCGUUCUGCUCACCACAGUCUUAGUCCAGGCCGAGGAUACGGUCAAGGCGGCGAACAACACGAUUGUGGUGCACACUCCAUUGCAGAACUAUGAUCAGCCCACGCUGCGGGACUACGAGGAGUGCCAGGCGAAUAGGGACAAAUGCAUAGAUGUGUGUGGCGGGGAUGGGGACUGCCAGGAUGAGUGUCCGCUGUGCCCGGAGCUGUACGACAAGCCGCUGAUGGUGCAGGGCGUAAACGACACGGAGUUCGUGGCCCCCGCACAGAAACCCCUAAACACCACCAACAUCAUCCGUCUGACGAACGAGAUCAACAACAUCAUCCAGCACGACAUUAAAAAUCGCAACGAGGUCAAUGUCCAGGUGCAGCAGAAUGUAUCUCAGGUCGGAGGACGCUUCGGUUUGGGCUACAACGACCAGGGUUCCUGCUGCUUUGUGGUGAGGAGGGCGCGUGAGUGCGAGAGCAAGGACAACUGCCAGGAGCAGAGUCGCCAGCGAGUGUGUGGCGAGCGCUGCCAGGCCCGUGUGAUGUUGGCCAAGCGAGUGGUCCAGUGCGAUGUGGACGAACCCACCAAGUGCCACGAGACUAUCGAGUAUGUGCCACGCCGGCGCAAAUCCACCGUGCGUCGGACAGAAUACCCUGAAGCUGCUGGUCCCUGCCGCUACCUGGGCAACUCCUGGCCGUAUAUCAGCUGCGGCCAAGAACCGGCUCAAGUACAGCAAGUGAAGCGUUCCAGCUGCCAACAGUGCCUCAAUCUGCCGUACGGCUAUGUUCUUCAGAAUGGACUGCCUGCCCAGUGCGCGGGCUGCUUCCUGGGCUAUUCGGCUCCCUUCCAGCCCCAGUACUACGCUCCAUAUGUGCCAUACAAUCCAUACCCACAAUUUGCACCCCUCCCCAACUGUGGCCCUGGUGGCUGCAGCAACAACAUCAUCGAUGGAUCGCGAUUGGAGCCCAGCGACGAUAUCCCUUCCCGCGAUGACUGGAUCCUGUGUGAUGGCGACAACAUAGAUGAUUGCCUCAAUAACGCCGAUGGCAAAAAAGAUAGUCCAUCCAUUCAACCUGAUCUGACAUCACAGGAAAAGGAAGAUGAAGAUUAUGGCGUGCCGGCUCAGCGACGACGUCGGCGGCGUCAAAAUCGUCACGAGUUUGUGCCAUCCGCCUACAGCAAGCGCAAUUAAACUCCAACUAAAACGGAUUCCGUACUUAUAUUCUUUUUAUACUCAAAAUUGAAUCAUUCGCCUCAUAAUCUCCUCUCUAAAUGAUCUUAAACCAUGCCAUAUUCCUUUGAUUUUAUUUGCCAUAAUGUAUUUUGCCACGUAAUAAUUUGUUUCUUAAUAAAGUUGCUUUCUCGACAAGUUGAA